CCGUGAUAGAAGACAUGUUGGCCAGCUGGGCGCUUCCCUCCGUAUUAUCCGAGGUGGGCGACGAAGAAUUUUUGAACAAAGCGGGCGGUCGCGGAGGCACCAGCACGGCCGCGGGGGGCGCUUCGGUUUCCGAGCAGGGCGACGAUAACUCCGUAGGGGGCUCGAAGAGCGGAAGGAGGAGGGGAAGAGGAGGUACUGGAGGUGCCGUUGUGGGGACGAGCAGCAACAUUGCGCUGCAACAUCAAGGUGGAACUACAGCUGAGGUUGUGAUGAACAGCAAAAAUGCUGGCAAGGGAAAUAAAAUCGACGAAAAAGAAAACGCAAUUAGUAGCAAAAAAGGACAAAACCAACACGAUUAUGUCGAGCACCAGCCCCAUUCGGCGAAGUUGACUACUACCAAUCGCUCGGGCAGGAGUAAUACCUCGAAACAGGCGAAGAAAACCACUUCCGGCGCGGUUCAUCAUCAUCGGCGGCCCAGAUCCCGGUCCACGUCGCGUAGCAGCCUGGAACUGACGAGCGAUGAAGACGAAGAUUCCGAGAAGAAUAAGUCCUCGCCCGGACUGCGAUCGCUCCAGCUGCAGUCGCCGCCUGACAACGAGGACGACAGCAACGCGAAAGCGUCCAGCAAGAGGGGACAAAACCGGACCCGCUCGAGUUCCAAAGUGUUUGACGAUGGGACCAGCGACGAAGACUACACAUCGGACAGCGCGGUCGUGGGAGCACAUUCUUCCUCCUCAGCACAACUACAACAGGUGGGUAAAAACAACAAACAGACAGGGGAACUACAAGGGGAAUUUUUGAACAACGACAUCAAGACGGGCAGAGAUGAACCCCAUCUUCCACACGCCGGCCAGACCCUGAAACUAGCCGCGGUCCAAGCAAUCGGAACAACAAAUUCUGUGCAGGGUCGUGGUCGUGAUAGCACGCAGCUGUCCAGAAAUAACGCGAACAGCAACAACAGUGGUAAGAACAACCCAAAGGGUCAAAUGGCCGCCGCGCUCAACCGAAAUAACCUGCAAAAUCACGCGCUGCGAGCAAAAGCGGUGGAGAACAACCAGCAGGGCGAGCAACGAGAGCAAGCUUACAGCUUGGACGCCCAUUAGAUAUAGGGGCGGUGAAUUUCGAGUGAUUUUAGAGGUGGCAUAGAAUCGCGGGGCCGGUCUUUCGGGUGGUUAUGGUUCACGGGGCAAGGCCUAGCACAAAUAGAGGUGAUGGCGACACGGGGCUCGUCACCACGGCUCCCUGACAUUGAUUGCAAUCCCCGUCCCGGCAACGCCCAACCUACCACAUUUUUCCGCGCCUUUUUUCGCGAAGCAAGUCUUUUGGUGGUUUCAUGACUUUAUCCUUUCCUUCUUAACAGUUCAACUUCAGCGUUUCAAUUUUGGACAACAAAAUCGCGAUGUGGAGUGCCGUGCUGUUUCGCGCGAAAAACCCGCUUUAAAGUACCCCCUUUACCGAUGGUAUGCUGCGAUCGGUGAGUUUGGCGGUGAAUUUAGAAAUUGGUGGGCGGUGAAUUUAGGAAUUUUUUGUGAUUUCCUAAAUUCACCCCGACCUGAUUCUGGAUUCCAGACCAUCACCAAAUCAACACUCAUUUUGCAUUCAUUUCUAAAUUCACCGGAGUCGGAGAACCACACUCAAAACGAUCACCGCGCAUUUGCUUCAGAAAAUACGAAACAUUUGGCGCAUGCACGCACAAAUACAAAACCAACAAAAUGCAAGCACGCCACAAGGCCGCGCGAGGCAUUGAAUUGCUAUGACUUGCCGCAGCAGAGAAGGCGUCUGACAGAUCAGGCGCCCGAGCCCGACAAGCCAUCCGAAGCAUUUAGAAAACAAAAGCAACUGCGCGAAGCUAUUUCGCAACCCAUCAUCCUAAGGGUGGGGCGCUGACAAUGACAAUGACAACUACACACUGAGGCGCCCCAUCCCGGUCUUUUUUUUGCUGGAAAAAUUCCGCCACCACCGGAAGCCUUUUGGAACUUACGUCGCUACGACUAUUCCGUCGGGUGGAUGUCGAUAUUUCCGGGAGAAAAUAUAAUAUUCGCAGCGCCACCUAUCAAAUUCGUGCAGACCCCUAAAAUCACGCGAAAUUCACCGCAGAGAAAUCUAAUGGCCAUCCAAGCUGUAAACAAAAGCGGUGGAGAACAACCAGCAGAUCGAGCAACGAGAGCAGCCGCUUGCGCUGCGAACAAAAGCGGUAUGAACGCACAAAAUACAAAAAGGGGACAGGUAAAUUUCCUGAAUAGAGUCGAAAUCUCGCAGUUUUAUUUCGCCGAUUUCGGUUUUCGGGAGGUGGUUUUGGGAAGGUAGGGAGGCUGUUUUCCGGCCGCUAUUUUUUUUUUGUAGGCGGAAAAACAACUUACUAACACCGAGAAAAAGGCCACUCAAUUUCCCGACUAAGGCGAUUCGAUUUGCCGACCAAGGUGAUUCAAUCUGCCGACUUCGGUUUUCGAGAGGUUGGCCACCUCUCGAAAACCAAGAAUACGAACGGAAAAGCCAGCGGCUUUUGCGUUCGUUUUCUUUUUUAUAAACGAAAAAGCAGCUUACUGAGAUCAGGCCUCCGCCUACAAAACGCAUGAGCACCAGCGCCCGAGUGAGCUUUUUCACGGCGCUGAGUCCUUAGCCAAACAUCGGAAAAACCUAAGCCAUCCUCACCGAAAACGGGAUCGCCCUUUUCACCACAACCCAGCGCGAAGCUUUUUCACCGCGAUCCGUGAGCAAAUGCUCUCUGCGAAGGUGCUUGCGGGUUUCGGUGCAGAUGCGCAGGGAAGUCAGCGAAUUCUGGAGAAAGCUCAAGGACUUCUGCACGGCAACUUCUGUCUAGGUCUCUGUAAGGUCAAGGACUUCUGCAGGGGUCUAGGUCUCUGUAAGGUUUUUUUCGUUUACAACAAAAAACGCGAGCGCAGAAAUCAGCUCUUCAAAACCAAAUUUGGCAGAUUGAGCGCCUUAGUCGGCAAAUUGAAUUGCCUUCAUCUGGAAACUCAGUUGCCUUCGUCUAGAAAUUGAAUCGCCUUCAUCUGGAAACCGAAGCGCCUUCCUCUCGGUGUCAGUAGGUUCUUUGCCCGUCGACAAAAAAAAACACCUCCCGAAAUAAACCAACCCCCCUACUUUCCAAAAACCACCUCCCAACAACCAAAAUUGGCAAAAUAAAACUGCGGGAUUUCGAUUAUAUUCGAGGUUUUUACCUGUCACCUUUUUGUAUUUUGUGACUUCAUAAAAAGCGGUGGAGAACAACCAGCAGAUCGAGCAACGAGAGCAGCCGCUCGUCGCCGGGCUGAAGCGCCGGUAUUUCCGCGUUCGCCGCCCGGAAGCCGACUUCGUCACGUUGUAUGACGUAUGGAUUGCAAAAAUGUCUGGGUCGGGAAGAUUGCCAGAUUUGUCAUGCAGAUUUGCCAUGACCCAUGAAGUCUGGUAUGUAGGACAUAGCAUGACAGAUUCUGCGGGACCUUUCUAAUGCCUAUCCUGCAUGAGAGACUGCCUCUCGAUUGGGUCAAAAGUGCACAACUUCUGGCAAUCAUGCAACACAGUUUUUUGCCUGAUUCAGAUUUAGCAUGACAAGUUGCAAUCAUCCAGACCCAGACACUUUUGCAUUUGAUAUGACGCUCUGGUCGCGGAAAUGCACCAGCUGCAAGGGCGGUCGUCGUCGAAAGUUCUCAAUCAGACUUCGAAUCCAACAGGAGGAGCUACUAGUACAACUUCCAAGCAUGAUUUUGUUUCCGGUGCUGGACAAAGCAUGAACACGACCCGCGACCAGUUCUUUCCGGCCACUGUCGCGGAACGAGUGGAGUCGUUCGAUCUGGAUCCAGCUUUCUUCUUCGGCAAGCCUGGAACAAAGGAGAACAAGUUGGAGAAGAAAAUUUUAUCUCCCACCAGCAACGCAAUUCCAAUUAUGUCGCCGAAAAGUGGUAAUAGAUCCAGCUCUAGUUCCUCGUCGAAGUUCACCGCAGAUGAGGAGGAUGAGGACGAUGACGACGAUAUUCUGAGUAAAAACGUCCCCACCCCAUAGUUGUGAUGCAAUUCCGCAUGCCAAAAAAGUUUCUUAUGCGGAGCCCUAUGCGAAGCAUUUUCCAGUCGGGUUUUGGAGUAUGUGAUGCUAGAGUCAGCAUUCUAUGCUAGAUCUGUGAUGCUUCUUAAGUAACUAAACAGGAGUACACUACGCGGACAAACUUGUCAUGCCAAACAAGCAAAGUUGGCUGAUUUGUCUAGCAGAUUCCCCAUCUUGACUCUGGUGUGGGGACGUUUUUACACAGGAUAGACGACGACCUGCAAAUCGAGAAGAUCGAGAAAAUGAAUAUGACCUGCUCAAACGUUACAAUCUCAAACGUUACAAUAGAAUCUGGAUUUUGUAUUGCAUGACGAGCAUGAUAGACUCGGACAGCAUUCCCGUUUCUGCAAUACAAAUUUCGCCAGAUUGUAGUGCGGUUGCGGACUCCGAAACUUGUCAUGCGCAAUCCGAUGGGACUUGGCUAGAUCAUGCAGCUCUUGCAUCACAGAUUUCCAGACUCUAUUGUAACGUUUGAGAUUGUAACACGACCUGAGCAGGUUAUAAUGAACGAAAAGGACAAACUUUUGGAAAACCCGAUCAUGCAGGUACCGCCCGGUCCGGGCGAGCGCGAAGUAGAUCUACUUGAUGCAACACCCUUUGAUGUUGUUGAAAAUCAGAGCCAAAGUGGCCAGAACAUCAACAUGAAGCAAAGUACUUCUAGCGAGAUGAAGAACAACAACACCAGCACCUUGAAGCGAUUGAAGUCGAUGGAGGACCAGGAAUUCAGUUCGUUUGACGACGAGGAAUACAGCUACAAUUACAACGCACCGGUCGAAGCGGCGAACGCUCACAUUGUCGUCGAGGACGAGGACGAAGAGGAAAAGUUGCACGGAUUGCCGCCCCUACUGCCCUUCUACGACGUCGACGACAUCGGGCAGGAAGUUGCUCUUCCCUUCGAGGAGGAGGACCGUGAGCGCCUUUCGGACGACGGGCACUUGUCGUUCCUGGACAGCGAACACGGGAGUCGCAGUCUCCAUGCAGGAGGAGGAGGACAUUCACAACUGGCGCGGCAGGCGCACGGAUCCACCUCGCAGCAGCAGCAAAACCGUACAUCGACUUUGAAGCUGAACACCGCGAAUUUGACGCAAUAUAACGAGUUGGAGGCAAAACAGCGGGUGUCGGAGCGGAUCACGCCGGACGAGCGCGUGCGUAUCUAAUGCAAACAUGUAGUCCUCUCGCAAAUGCAGAAAUUUGUCAUGCACUUUCUACCUAACGCACAACGUCUGUGAUGUAUGCCGUAACAUCACAGAGUUGCCGGGAGCUUCGUGAUGCCUACCUCGCAUGAGAAAUGCCGUCUUGUAGUUGUGCAGCGAAAUCAACUUGCGUGCUGUUCAUACAACACAAAUUUUCGUAGAAUUCAAUGGCAGCAUGAGAAAUUUGCAGCUUUCCUGAUUCAGACCACAUGUUUGCAGUGUAUAGUGCGUUCCUUGCUGCAGAAGCAGACAGUCAAGAAGGAGGCGGAGUCCAGUGUGGGCGUGACGCCGUUCAUGGGUCUCGCGUCCGAGGCCGCUCGCUCCGGCGUGUCGGGCGGGCAGAACGCGGGGAGCGGUUUAGAAAGCUACAAAAAUAAUGCUUUGUCUGGGCACCACCACGACCACCGAUCGUCGAAAAGGCUCAAGACGGCGGCGGGGGCCGCGCAACAGCUGAACUAUGGUAGCGGUGUACCAGGAAAUGGACCAGAUGGCACUACAAACGGCAGGACUACUGGCAGCGUGCGCGGUACAAACGCAGGGGCGACUGGAACAACGAACGUGCUGCAUGGUGCGAGCCAGCAGCUGGUUCCCGUCCGCGCGAUGGCCAGCACGGUGACAUCGAAGAGCGGGCACGGGCGCGCCGCAGCGGUGCAAAGCAGCAAGGAGACGGAUUCCAUCUACAUCAUGCACGCGGUGUCGUCGCUGGCAAGCAGCAGCGAUAACAAUGACCUGGAGGAGGUGAAAAAGCGCCACGCGGAGCAGAAGGCCCUGCAGCAGAGCGGCAACGAGACGCUGCGUGAGGCCAUCGGGCACCGCGAGUGGCUGGUGGAACCCAUGUUGCAGUGUCUCACUUGGUACGAAAUGUAAAGAUGUCUGGGUCUGGAAAUUUGUGAUGCUAAAAUGUGCAAGAGGAAUUCACUUCCUUAUGUAGGAAAGCAUGACAAGAUUACAGCACGCCUUCUCAUACGAACUCCGCAUGAGACUCUGCGUUUUUGUAUGAGGACAUAAGGAGCCACCACUGUUCUUGGUCACGCAAUACAGAUUUCACAGGAAUUGGAAUGCAAGACCAGCAUUACACUCCAGACCCAGACAUUUUUGCAAUCCAUACUUGGCGAGUUUGGAAUGGUAAUGACGGUGCGCACCAAAUCCAAAUGCUGAUAACCGGCUUGCCCUUGGUGAAGGCGCUCCUUUCCGUGGCCUGGCUGCUGGAUUUCCACAACCUGCAAGGGAAACUGCUGACCGCAAUGCAACCGCCUGCGCUAGUAGAGCAGGCUAGUACGGGAGAAGCAGGCGCGGUUGCGGCGGGCCAAAAUACAUCACUGGUCGAUGAGAAGAUGAACGGGGUACAGUCGCCAUCCGCUGUUGACUUGCCAAAGCGGCCGAGCGCUUCGGACGUAAAGGCGAUUCUGGCCAGCGAAGUGCAGCCGUUGUCGGCGGAGCAAGAAGCGAAGAUCGUUUUGCUCGGAACUGCUACUACUGCGUCGAGAACCUCCGCCGGGGUUCUUUCAAAGGCCCCGAACAAGAAGAGCCCGGUUCCGCUGAAGCACCAAGCAAGCUUCGAUUUAGACGCGCUGAUGACCGAGGAAAAUAAGAAGGAAUUGCAGCAGGGAAAAGGAAAAGACACAACGUCGUCCCCUGCGGGUAAAAUGCAGCAGACAGCAGAGGCUUUUAUUCGAUUUGUGGAAAGCGAUUUGAACUUGGCCGGUCUGUUAGUCAAAGAGUUUGUUUCUGGAAGCAGCCUACUUGUACGGGAUAGCGAGGAGAUUCCGCCCUGGUUUCCGGAUCGCUCAACGCGAGAGGCGGUUUACGUCGUAGCUACGAUUCGGUUUUACGAAUCCAUGUUAUUGGCACAGGAGCAGGAGGUUCUGAAUUUACCGCAGAAGCUUCAGCGACGCGGUCCUGAUAGUAUAACCGAAGGCACAAAGAAAGACACAGAGAUUCCAACCGCGACCACGAAAAAUAUCACACAACUAUUCGUCGAAAGUGCCGUCAUCGCUACAGCACGCCAGCUCAUGGUCGCAGGUCACGACGAUUUUCACCAAAAAGGCGGCGCAGCAGCAUCGCUAGCAACUACGGGAGUACUAAAUCCUUCUUCUUCCGAAAAAAAUCCCGUUCUUUCCCUGCUUCCCCACGACGCAGGACUUCCUGCGCGCAGACUGGCCCUUGAGUGGCUCUCGAAUUCGCUCGUGUGUGACUGGCAGACCUGCUGGUUGCGAAACUUCCCCCUGUUGUUCCAGGUUGUGGAUUCUCUCGUGUCCUGCACUGAUUCGAAUAGAAGCACCCUAGCCCCCGAGCACCAAUUGGGCCUUGCCGAAAUCGCAGUGAGCCUGAUCGCGCAAUUUCUUGAGUUGCUCAAGGUAGAUUACGAGCUUUGCUACGAACAGGAACUGAUCCGCUUUUUUCUGAUGAAGCGCGGCGCCGCGAAAAUCCCGGGGAAGCUGUUGCGCGUCAAGUACCGCGCAAAAGCAUCGAAGAAGACGACCAGAAAUGGUGGAAGCAAGAAGAACAGUGGUAGAGUGGGUACUAGGGGAAGAGCGACGAGUGCAUCCAUCGUUAAAGCCGGAACUACAACAAGCAAGCACGACGUUCUUUCCAGCAGGAGCGCCCGUAGUUCGAAGCACGAAUUUUCCUCGUCGUCGGAAGAUUCGGAGAGCGACUCCGACUUCACCUCCUCGGACGGAAUCAGUACCUCGUCCUCCUCGGCUCGGCGCACCAGCUCGGAACAUUCAGACCUGUCGUCGGACUCGGAUUCGCAGCGAGCGCGCAAGAAGGAGUGGUAUGCCAAGCGGGAGUUCGCAUCCGCGAAGGCCGUGUUCUCUUCUAGCAGCGGCGCCGAGGAUGAACUGCAGCAAGGGGACCUCAACCUCCGCCACCGCCAAUCCGAUCGGCGCUCGGUCGGCGGUCGAAGUGCGCGGGGCUCGAGUGCGGCCGCCUCGGCUGACGAGGGGCCGCAGACGGCGCGGUCCAGUAAACGCGGCGGUGGGGCCACGGGGAAUAACAACAGCGUGGCUCUCCAGCAGGAGCAGCAGCACCACUUGGCCAGUCGGGGGAUUUGGUACCCGGAUAUCUCAGAUCAUGUCCUGCAACACAUGCUGUUUUCAGGGCGCGCGGGGGUUGUGCAACCCUCCAUCGACUCGCCGCCCCUCACGCCGGCUCUGGAACAGGUUGGUGGAGGUGCUGCAGUUGGUCCUGUACAAGCACAACUACUAGGUGGUGCGACAUCGAACACUAGCGCCGUGGGCGACCUGAAAGAAAAAAAUCCGAGCAAACCACUUGAUAGCACCGCCAGCCUCCAGCACGUGCAGCGGGUACACGUUCUGCGCAGUCCGCGGCCGCAACAGCGGCACUUUCUCCUCGAGAACCAUAACGAGCUGGUCGAGCGUGUGGCUUUGCAACAGGAACUGCGCGAACUUUUGGCAAAACAAAUGGAAAGCCAGGAAAAGCAAAAUCCCGACGCGAAGUCACCGAACUCCACUGGUUCAAACAGUAUGUUGUUUGCAACGAUCGGCACUGCUCGUCUUCACGAAGCCGAGGUAGCCCGCUUCAACAAGGCGAGGAGGCGGGCGUUCAGAAAGGUGCUGCGCAGCGCGGAAAGCCGGUACGACGCCGGCACUGCAGAGCUCAAGGCGGCAUUCAAGGCGCAGUGGCGGACGCUGUACGACCGGUACCGCCUGCCGAUGUGGCGGGCCGCAGGGCGGUUUCUGCUGCAUCUCUGUCUGGUCUGCGACCGCGCGACGGGCGCGGUGCUCCACUACCUCGGGAAGCUCGGCGCCGCGACUGCUGCGAGGUCCACCGGAGCCGCGCACCAGCACAGAAUGUUGUUGAGCAAGGAGGAGAUGCUGCAACAUUCAUCCGGUAGUACUAGUAAGGCUGUACUUUCGAAAGCUGCCAACGACACCGGCACCUCCCACGACUUGAAGGCGGCGGACCGUGGUCCCUCCGCCGCGCAAUUCGCGUCGAACUCGGGACUUUCGCCACACCGGUUGGGCGAGAUCCUGCCCCCCGAGGCGCAAUUUCUCUCGGAUUUCCGGGCGGGGUUCGUGCGGUUUGUGGAUCUAGGUAGUAGUAGUAGUUUCUCCCUGCCAGCAAACAGCAGUACCAUCGACGAGGAUAUCAAUAUCCUAGACGCGCCGGAAAGUAUGGAAGACUACUUUUCCAAGCACGUGUGGCAAAAGUUCCUGCAGGAAGCGAAACCUGGCCUGGAUCGCGAAGAAGCGUUUCGGGAAAAGUUUGGCCAGCCACCUGCUAGUAGCGCAGUUGGAGUGCUGGCCCACCAGCACCCUGGGAUACCAAUUUCCGGCGCAGGAGGGCGCGGCGCCGCGUCCCCAAGAGGCGCUGCAGUUCAACAUCUUCUCCCGACGGGAAACAGCAGCUCUUCUGCGCACCAGAAUACCAAACCUGGUACUUCUAGUGCCCAGUCGCACCACCAGCAAAACAACUUCAAGAACCUCCAUGAAGCUGCUGGUGCGCCGCUGAGGGAUGCAAAUGGAAACGUGAUUGACGCGCGCAUUCACCACAUGAUCUCUCCCACGCCGAAUGAACUGGAGCAAGAGGUCGAGUCCGCCGUGCGUCCGCUGUUCGACAUAAGUGUUGGUGACCAACAUCAGCAAAAUGCAGCAUUGAUCAGACGGGAACCUUUCACCUUCCAGAACAACACCCUCGACGCCCAGCACCACGGAAAUAAGAACUACACGCAGCAGCAUCAGCCGAAGCGCUCCCUGGCCGCCGGGAGCAAAGCCUGGGGCAACCGACUCGGAUCCGAGAUUGACCGCGCAAACCUAGCGCUCGAGCACGAGUCGCAGCGCCGCUCGGUGGAGACCCACCUGCGCGCGACCGCAGGUCGGGGCGGGGCGGGAGAAGCGCAACAACCGCUGCACCAGCAGUUGAGCCUGCAGGUGGGCAGGAUCACGCUGCCUGGGAAGAACAACACGGCGAUGAACAACCAGACGGAGAGAGGCGGGAUGAAGCCCGGUGCAGCUGCUCAUGAUGUCCCCCCCGGUCCAGCAAAACAAGCCUCCUCGGCGGUGGCUCGCAGCAAGCCCAUUUUGCGAAUUCGGGGCGCCCCGGAAGUUCCGGAUAACAACUACCCGGCCAAAAACAUGCCUCCGCUGGACCCGGGAAAAAUCAUUUUGCCCGGCGGUGGUGCGGCCGCCAGGGCGGCGAAGGCCUCCGCCGCCCAGCGGAAACGGUCCGAGACGAGUGGUUUGCUGGGGAGCCACCUACAACAAGGUGCAGCCGGCACAGCAGGUGCAGCAGCUUCUAUGCAGAAAGUUGCUGCGGGUGAUCAUGUGCAGCCUCCACAACUUGUUUCUGCAUCUGCGGGAACAUCUAAGCUACACUCGGGGAUGAAAAAACCGCCGCCAACGUCGGGGGGAAAUGCAAAUAAAGCAAGCAAAGCGGCGGGGGCCGCGGGUCGUGGGACUACAGGAAAGGCGAAGGCCAGCAAGGCGAAGGGGGCCGCAAAGCGAAAACCGCGGACGGCCGCUGACGACUUCAUCGUGGAAGAUGAUGCCUCGUCCAGUGAUUCUGAGGAACUACGACGCAAACGGAGGAAGACAACGAGGGACCUGCUGGGGUGAGAUCCAGUUGAGAAUGAUCAUGGUUGUCGUCGCUGUGAAGUAUGGUGUGAACUGAAACCUCAAAUGAUUAUAUCACUGCCUGUGCGCGGCCGUGUGCCUGUAGUUUAAAUUGUUGCAGGGUCGCUAUAAGUACUCCAUUUGGCGGAUUUUUGCCAAGAU